GUCCUUCCAGACGCUUCGCGGCAUGUUCUCGAUCCGCAACCCGCGCACUCGACCACCACCUGAUAAGCGCGCUAAUUACCAGCAUUAAAACUCUUUCAUAACCACAAACGGCGCUCUUACAUAUUAAACUUCAGUAGUUCCAGUGUUCUUUUAGCUGAAAUUAGAAAACAUUCUUAGAAAUUUAAAGUAAUUGUCGUUUAAAAUAAGGUAGUCUUCUAAGGUGUACCUUGCUAGAGGUUUAGUGAACUUCCGCUUCUUCUUCUGUGAUUUUUGAAAUUUGUUAUUGUGUAAAGUGUUUCUCAAGUGUUCCAUUUGGAUGUUAGUGUUUGAAGCUUGAUGGACACCUAGAUUAAUAAGUUUGGAUGCUCGAGACAGCACCACAGAACAAUUGGAUAGAAAUGACACAUUCGCAGUGAGCUCUAGAGAAGAAAUAAUAAUGGUAACAAAUUAUAGUGUUGGUGGUAAUGUUGAAGAACCCCUCUAAGAGCGAUGGAGAACGCACGAGAACUUUUGUUCUUAGGUCUUUUGUUUGUAGCCUGCGUGGGUGGUGUGGAGACUUAUUCCAACGAGGGGUUUCUAAACGGCAACGUCAGCACUUACCCCUUCUUCGAAUUCAAUGUACCCCGAAAUGUCACCACCGCAGUUGGCCAGACUGCCUUUCUGCAUUGUAGGGUAGAACAGCUAGGAGACAAAGCCGUUUCGUGGAUUCGUAAGCGGGAUCUGCACAUCCUGACGGCAGGCAUAUUGACAUACACAUCCGACCAAAGGUUCCAAGUAAUUCGACCAGACAAGUCGGACAAUUGGACGCUGCAGAUUAAGUUCCCUCAACUCCGGGAUUCCGGAGUAUAUGAAUGUCAGGUUAACACCGAACCCAAAAUGUCGCUUCCAUUCCGAUUAAACGUUAUCGAAGCAAAAGCUCGGAUUCUGGAAGCGAGUGACCUGCACGUAAAAGCGGGAAGCUCGGUGACACUCACCUGCGUCAUUAAUCAAGGACCACAUGAUUUGGGGACAGUUUUCUGGUACAAAGGCACCGAAAUCGUCCAGACAACACAACCCCACGUUAACGACGCCGACACUGUCACCAGGGUCACAGUACAGAACCAAUGGACGGAUGGUUUAACGUCACGAUUGCACAUCACAAGUGCACAUCUCUCUGAUUCGGGGAACUACUCAUGCGUUCCCACAAUCGCAGCCCCUACAAGUGUUAACGUACACGUCAUUAAUGGAGAGCACCCAGCGGCCAUGCAACACGGAAACAAGAACACAGCGCCGUUGUCCUUGUCGCUGCACUGCACCCUUGUAUAUAGUAUCUCUGUCUUCAUAAUAAAACACAUCAGAUGAAACCUCUUGUAAA